AUGAAGGCCGCGGACGUCGUGUCGCUGUCGCUGUCGCUGUCCGCGGCGGCGCUCAGCGGCUUCGUGCUCUGGAGCAACCUGCGCGCCGGCGACGAGCCAUCCCCCGGCGCCGGGUCUGCCAAGCCGACGGCCGAGGAGGAGAAGAAGCGCAAGCAGGCCGCGCGGUGCCGCGCCAUCGAGACGCUCAUCAUGGAGCGCGGUCAGGCGGGCACGAAGGACUACCGCGUGCACGUCCUCGCCAAGGACGGCGACGAGGCGAAGACCGUCGCCGAGCUCAGCCUCUGGCACGACGUGCCCCUCGCCGCGCCCGGGUCCUCCGGCCGCGGCAGCCUCUUCAACUUCAUCUGCGAGAUCCCCAAGUGCACGCGCAAGAAGUUCGAGGUCGCGACGACCGAGGGCGCGACGCCGAUCAAGCAGGACACGAAGAAGGGCGUGCUCCGCGAGUUCAAGAAGGGCGACAUCUUCUUCAACUACGGCUGCUUCCCGCGGACCUGGGAGGACCCGCGCCACGUGUCCCCGGACACGGGCUACCCCGGCGACAACGACCCGCUCGACGUCUGCGAGAUCGGCCUCCGCCAGAUCCAGACGGGCGAGAUCCGCGCGGUCAAGGUCCUCGGCGUCCUCGCGAUGAUCGACGACGACGAGACGGACUGGAAGAUCGUCGCCAUCGACGCCGCGGACCGCUGGGCGUCGGAGCUCAACGACGUCGGCGACGUCGAGCGGCUCCUCCCGGGCACCGUGAGCCUCAUCCGCGAGUGGUUCCGGACCUACAAGAUCCCCGACGGCAAGCCGCCGAACAAGUUCGCCCUCGGCGAGGAGUGCAAGGGCGCGGCCUACGCCCACAAGGUCAUCCACGAGACCCACGAGGCCUGGGUCAACCUCGUCAAGACCCAGGUCGGCGCGGACUUUGGCUUCCAGCUCCCCAAGGUCGAGACGCUCCGCGACGUCGACGUCGACACGACGCUCGUCCGCUCCCUCAGCGGCAACAACCUCGCCGCGAGCGGCUAG